AUUCUUCAUCAUUUCAUUUGGAAAUCUGAUCCUUCUGCUUUCCUGCAGGGAAUUUGUGGACCUCUGUUUUGGGUGGAUCAGUAAAGAGGAUUGAAUUGGGGCCCCGACUUCUUUUUUCAUUGAGGAAAGAAUAAGGGGUGCUGCUGAGAGAAGUGCUUCUGCAAUAGCCAUGUCUGAAGCUUUGCUUGGAGCUUCCAUGCCUAUGGCUGUUCUAAAUUUGGGCCAAAUAUAUCCAUUUCAGAGAGGCUUUUUCUGUACAGACAACAGCAUCCAGUAUCCGUACCAUGACAGUACCGUCACAUCCACUGUCCUCACCAUAGUGGGGCUUGGUUUACCCAUUUCCUCUAGUUUGAAGGUGAAGUAUCUCAGUAUGACUUACUUUGGGAAUGUCAUCUGUCAUAAUUUAGCUGGAUUGCCUUUUGCAAUUCUUACUUCAAGGCAUACCCCCUUCCAACGAGGAUUAUUCUGUAAUGAUGAGUCCAUCAAGUACCCUUACAAAGAAGACACCAUACCUUAUCCGUUAUUAGGUGGAAUAAUCAUUCCAUUCAGUAUUAUCGUUAUGAUUGUUGGAGAAACCCUGUCUGUUUACUUUAACCUCUUGCACUCGAAUUCCUUUAUCAGGAAUAACUACAUAGCCACUAUUUACAAAGCCAUUGGAACAUUUUUAUUUGGUGCAGCUGCUAGUCAGUCUCUGACUGACAUUGCCAAGUAUUCCAUAGGCAGACUGCGGCCUCACUUCUUGGAUGUUUGUGACCCAGACUGGUCAAAAAUCAACUGCAGUGAUGGUUACAUUGAAAACUACAUAUGUCGAGGGAAUGCACAAAAAGUGAAGGAGGGCAGAUUGUCCUUCUAUUCGGGCCACUCUUCAUUCUCCAUGUACUGCAUGCUGUUCGUGGCACUUUAUCUUCAAGCCAGGAUGAAGGGAGACUGGGCAAGACUCUUACGCCCCACACUGCAAUUUGGUCUUGUUGCUGUAUCCAUUUAUGUGGGCCUUUCUCGAGUUUCUGAUUACAAACACCACUGGAGUGAUGUGUUGACUGGACUCAUUCAAGGAGCUCUGGUUGCAGUAUUAGUUGCUGUAUACGUGUCUGAUUUCUUCAAGGAGAGAAAUUCUCCUUUUAAAGAAAGAAAAGAGGAGGACUCUCACACAACUCUGCACGAAACACCAACGACAGGGAAUCAUUACCGGAACAGUCACCAACCUUAAAGGUGGUGGAGUGCCCGCAGAAGCUGGCCUGCUUUCUAAAGGAAAAUGAUGGCAACCAGAAAGCAAGAGGAUGCGUCUUUCUUCCCGGUGUAUAAACCUUUAAGGGACUGCUGCUGCUAUACCUCUUGGAUGCCCACUUUACCUGUGUGUAUAUAGUUAACAUUUAACACAACGGUUAUCUAAUAGCUCAAGUUCAUUAAAAACAAUUUCAAGCCUUUCACUAAAACAAUGCCCCACCUGUACAUUUUUUAUUAAAAAAUGUAAUGCUUAUGUACAAA